AUGCAAGUCGUUGUGAAGACUUUGACCGGGAAGAGGCAGUCGUUUAACUUUGAGCCUGGCAACACUGUGUCCCAGGUCAAGGACGUUCUCCGGGAACGCGAGUGUAAGCAGUACACAUUUGCCCCUUACAUACUUUAUUCAGGCCUCGACGUCAAUCAGAUACGACUGAUAUAUUCAGGUAAACAGAUGAAUGAUGAACUAACGUUACGGGACUAUAAGGUCAUACCAGGUUCCACAAUACACAUGGUACUUCAACUGCGUGGUGGAUAA